UGGGAAACAGGAAGCUGUAGCAACCUGGAAGGGAGCGGCCGUCUCUGAAUGGCCCAGAGCCCCGGCGGCUCGGCAGACCUUCUCACUAUAAAAGGGAGUUGACGCUCAGCCCCACAUGUCCUUUGUCAACUCUGUUCUGAGGAGACCUGGUGGAGAGCAUCCUUGAGCACCAUGCCGACGGACCUGGAGUGUGCCCUCAACAACAUCAUUGAGGUCUUCCACAGGUACUCCCUGGUGAAAGGGAAUUACCACUCCCUCGAAAAGGAUGACUUUAAGAAAUUGUUAGAGAACGAGUGUCGCUCAUUUACGAAGCAAAAGAGUGUAGAGGAAUGGUUCAAAGAGUUGGAUAUCAACAGUGAUGAUGCAAUUAACUUCGAGGAGUUCCUCAUAAUGUUGGUCAAGAUGAGUGUGGAAGCCCAUAAAGAUACCCACAAAGAGGAGAAUAACAGCUGAACCUUGGGACUGGGCCCCCAGACAUGUACUUGCAGGAUAAUAAAGUAAUUGAUACCUCAGA